AUGUUUUCUUUACAAAGAGGGGUAUGCAGGUGCUUGCCCUCCGUCCUCCACCGCCCCUCACUACUCCUCCGACCCCUACCCCGCCGAUUCUCUUCCACUCUUACAACUCUUCAACGCCCUACCUCUACGAUAAACACGAUGGAUGCCAGUGUCAGACAACAUUACUUCGCAGACUCGCCCCCCAGCGUGGUUCGUCUGGAAGUUAAGUACCACUUCGAUAACCUCAAAGACAAGAACCUACGGAAAUACGCCCAUUACAUUAGCCGAGCCGCGUUUGAAGGAACUCGCGUGACUCUCCGUCAAGUCUCUCCGGAAUCUGAACCGAUCUACGACUUAAUUCUCGCGCUAUAUCGAGCCUGCGAUGGGAAUUGGCCCGAGCUGGCUCGGAAUACCAAUGUCAGCGAUGAGAACCUCCGCUUCUUCCUAGAAUAUUCUGCCCAGUUCCUUGGAAACUGUGGUAACUACAAGGGCUUUGGCGAUUCGAAGUUUAUUCCUCGAUUGCCCGUCCAGGCUUUAGAGACUCUGGCUUCAGCCACGCCCGAGACGAAAGCUGCGUUCCAAAAAGCCAACACAACGGGAGGAGGUAUUUACGAGACAAAGGAGCAAUCCCUUAUGCAUCUCGGCUAUCCCGAAGCCGGACAUAUAACUUCGUACUACCCUGAUUCACCGUCUAUUACCAAGGAUGAGAUUACAGCUAUUGGAGAUUUCUUCGAGCAGAAGGACAUGCCCUUGGAAAACACCAGGCUCCGAAAGACCUCCACGGGAGAUUUUGAGUUGUUGCUCGCUUCUGGUGUUUCCUCUCCUCCGACCCGAGACAGGGAUUUGGGGGAUGCUAGUUCGUUUGAUCUGGACGGCAAACUAAAGGGGAAGAAAGUGCACCUUGUGUUCGGCGACCACAAGGAAGAAAUGGCGAAGAUCGCCCAUAGCGUCAAGCAGGCCGGGCUUCACGCGGCAAAUAAUACCCAAAAGGACAUGCUGAAUGCUUAUGCACUCUCUUUCGGCGCCGGCUCUAUUGAAGCAAUUAAAAAGAGUCAGCGACUAUGGGUGACGGAUCAGAAGCCAGUUUUGGAAACAAACCUUGGCUUCGUCGAAACGUACAGAGACCCUCACGGGGUAAGGGGAGAGUGGGAAGGCUUUGUUGCUUUGGUUAAUCUAGAGCGGACCGCAGCUUUCGGGAAGCUUGUAGAUAGCGCGGAAAGCAUGAUUCCUAAACUACCCUGGGGCGAGGAUUUCGAAAAAGACAAGUUUCUCAGCCCUGAUUUCACCUCGUUGGAAGUGUUGAGCUUUCAGUCGUCUGGCAUCCCUGCUGGUAUUAACCUUCCCAAUUAUGAUGAUAUUCGCCAAAACCUAGGAUUCAAAAACGUCUCCCUUGGGAAUGUCCUUUCUGCUAAAGCGCCCGAUGAGCCCAUACCGUUCAUCCAAGACGAAGACCAAGAGGUUUAUCGUCGAUUCCGUGAUCCUGCAUUUGAGGUGCAGGUUGGCAUCCACGAACUUCUUGGACACGGAACUGGCAAGUUACUCCAGGAGACCGCUCCAGGGCAGUAUAACUUCGAUGUGUCCAACCCGCCGAUUAAUCCGGUGACCGGCAAACCCGUAUCGACGUGGUACAAGCCGGGUCAAACAUGGAGCUCUGUAUUCGGGGCCAUUGCUUCCUCUUAUGAAGAGUGCCGUGCGGAGUGCGUUGCCAUGGCUCUUGCUUGCGACUUCAGCAUCCUUCAGAUCUUCGGCUUCGGCGAUGGAAAAGAAGAUCUCUCAAAUGAGGCCGGAGAUGUUCUAUUCGCUGCGUACUUACUGAUGGCUCGUGCCGGUCUGGUCGCUCUGGAGUUCUGGGACCCCAAGACGAAGAAGUGGGGGCAAGCGCACAUGCAGGCCCGAUAUAGUAUCCUACGCACUUUCCUCGAUGCUGGUGAUGACUUCGUCAAACUCUCCUAUAUCAAGGAAGACCUGUCCGACCUCGAGAUCAAAUUGGACCGCUCCAAAAUUCUUUCGCAUGGACGUCCAGCUGUGGAAAAAUACCUGCAGAAAUUGCACGUCUACAAGAGUACGGCAGAUGUCGAGGCAGGCAAAGCACUCUAUGAUGAUAUCACAUCCGUUGAUGACUGGUGGGGCACCAAUGUCCGAGAUAUUGUUUUGAAGAACAAAAUCCCCCGCAAGGUAUUUGUACAAGCAAACACUAUUUUAAAUGGUGAUGAGGUCAUUUUGAAGGAGUAUGAGCCAACGCUCGAGGGUAUCAUCCAGAGCUUCGUCGAGCGGAAUGUCUAA